AUGUCGUCAGGGAACGCAUGCGCAACAUGUUCGGCACCUCGUCUUCACUACCGCGACCAUCAUGACAAUGCUGACGUGCGGCUUCAGCUCUUGAACAUUCGCGCCGGGCCGGGGGCUGCCCUCCUCCCCAAGGAGGUCACCAAGGUGCACAUGCAGUUUGCUCACAGGAUAGAGGAAGGCCACAUGGGUCCUAGGAAGUUCUGGAGAGAAAACCUCCCCAAGCUCAAGUACUGGAAUCCCGCGGUCCCCAUAGUGAUCAACAGGACAACCGACCAGAAGGGUCCCGCCGUCAUGACCAUCUACUUCCGCGACGACAAGGAUGCUAAGCCCUCUUCGACUCCAUUCCCCACGUCCUCUGCCGACGGUUCAUCUCCAGCCCCUAAACCUGCCCAGGGCGAGAGGAUAGUCACAAUCGACAUGAAGAACCGCAACUCGUCCGUUAUCCUUAAGGAAUUUCUGGACAAGACUGGUGCCGUUGCAGUUCAGCCGACGGCCAAGGACGAGGAGGAGUUCCGCGAGUUCGAGGACCUUCAUAGGAGGUCCGAGAUUGACCGCGAGCGCAUCAGGAAGAUGAACGAUGCGAAGAAGAGAGAGAAGGCUAUGUUGGCCAAGGCCAUGAGCGACGCCCAGUCCAUCAAGGCUGCUUCCGCAUAAGUCAUGCGCUAGCCACCACCGUAUGUAUGGAAAAAGAGAAAGGGACAUCGUUUGGGUUGUGUAUAUCAUAUGUACAAGUAUUUUGGGAAAUUCAUGUCAAAUACCACCAAGCAGGAGC